AUGUACACAUUCAGUUUCAACAUUGCUCUUGGACCCAAACUGAUUAUGAUCGGCAAAAUGGUAACCAACGAUCUCAUUCCCUUCAUGAUUAUUUUGACAGUCAUUAUGGUAGGAUACGCAGUGGCUGCACAGUCUAUAGCUUACCCAAACGGUUUGUUUACAAAAGAAAACAUGACGCUUGGUUCAGAGAUUAAACACAUGACAUUCGCGGAUAUUAUCUUUGCCAUGUACACAACCGCCUACUUUCAAAUGUUUGGUGAUUUCAGUCUUGAUGCUCUUCAAGGUGAAGAUCGCACGUGCCAAAAUCACAUGUGCCCCACCAAGACAUCUCGAUGGCUUGUGCCGAUAAUGCUUGGAUUUUAUGUCUUGCUUACCAAUAUCCUCAUGUUCAAUCUUCUCAUCGCCAUGUUUUCGAAGACCUACGAGGAGAUCGAGAGUGCCUCUACCUAUUACUGGAAUUACCAACGCUACCAAAUGAUCAACGACUAUGUUCAUCGAUCUCCGCUUGUCCCUCCGAUUAUUAUCUUUUGGCACUUCUACGAAGCGUACAAAGCAAUCGGAGAUCGUUGCGCAAGUCUAAGGAACAGUGAAAACACAAAAAACAAUCCAUUUUGUGUUCGCUUCACUGAUUUGAAGAAGGAACGUGAGAUGGUCAAAUGGGAACAUAUGAAAGCUAUGGACUACCUGCGCGAGCCAUCUACAAAAGCUACUGGUAAACGAGGCGUUGCCGAGUCUCGUGCAGUUGUCUUUCGUGGUGGUGGUGCAGGAGGCGGCCCUGGGCAAGGACCGGUUUUGGAUUUGAAAAGCGAGAUGUCCAGCGUUACUGAGGGUAUUGGUAUGGAACUGGAAAAGCGGUUCAAAGAAAUUGAUACUCAAUUCCAACGCUUCAACGACGUCGAUUCAAGAUUAAAUGAUGUGGCUCAAAUGAUUUCCAACCUCGGAGAUGUAGUUCGUUCGGUGACUGAUACUCAACAGCGAAUAAUGAAACAAAUCAGUGAGCUGCCGACGUGUCAAUGCAACGAACUAUCUGACGAAGUGAUUCACACCCCAUCUGCUGGUCCGGUUGGGGAAACACGUAAGCGUACCAAACUCGAAAUCGCUGUACAGUCGGCGCUGGAAGCCGCCAAAGAUGUUCUUCGGCCUCCAACCCCUCCCCCACCACCGCCACCACCGCCUCCACCACCGAGGGAAUCACCCGUACUGCUGGCAGCACCGGUCCCUGGUUCGGAAGAAGAGUCCAGCGGGUCCGAAGAUACAGGCGAUCCAAAUGCGGAUGCGUUCAAAGCCCCAAUGGUUACAGAUGUACGAACGGGCAGAGUAAUCGAACGACUGGUCUCGGAACAUCGCCUAUGGCGAUUUGCCCCAUUCAAUUUUGAGAAAUAUCCAGGAAUGCGUAUGAAUGUACCACCUGAGAAGAUGGCGUGGACAACAGAAUACCCCGAUUAUUUUGCAUACGAUGCAUGUGAAGAAGUGUUGUUAUUCCCUUCGGAGGACGCACACGACGGCGAAAAUUUUACGCACGGGAACGUCGAUUUUACUUUUAAACACAGCGAAGAGCUGCGUAACAUCGCUUUCAACCAGUAUGAUACAAAGAACAAAAUACGGCGACAAAGUCUACUGGGUCGAUAUCGGCUGGAUCCAGCGACCGGAGCUCCUCUGAACCCGAUGGGACGAACAGGUCUGCUCG